AACGAAAGCAGAAAAAAAAACAAAAUUGAUUAAUGAUUUUAUUCAUUCGUUCACUCAUUGAUUCACUGUUUGGGUUUAAGGAAAAAUCUCCAGAACAUAAGGGCAUUUUCGUUUGAAGAUAAAUAAAUUUCACUUAAUUGUGAACAUUCAAAUACUUGAAAAAACAAGAUGCCAAAUAUUAAGUUGCAAUCAUCAGACAACGAGGUCUUCGUUGUUGAUGUUGAAAUUGCCAAAUGCUCCGUAACUAUCAAAACUAUGCUAGAAGACUUAGGCAUGGAAGAGGAUGAAGAGGAAGUUGUACCUUUACCUAAUGUCAAUUCUGCAAUACUCAAAAAAGUUAUUCAGUGGGCUACUUAUCAUAAAGACGAUCCUCCGCUACCAGAAGAUGACGAAAACAAGGAAAAGAGGACUGAUGACAUAUCAUCAUGGGAUGCUGAUUUUUUGAAAGUUGACCAAGGCACACUCUUUGAAUUAAUAUUAGCUGCAAAUUAUUUGGACAUCAAGGGUUUAUUAGAUGUCACAUGUAAAACUGUAGCAAACAUGAUCAAAGGAAAGACUCCUGAAGAAAUCCGUAAAACGUUCAACAUUAAGAAUGAUUUCACUGCUGCAGAAGAAGAUCAGGUUCGUAAAGAGAAUGAAUGGUGUGAAGAAAAGUAAACCAUAAUAAAUGCUAUUUGCAAGCAUCUUUUUGUAGUAUUAUCACUAUGUAUGCAACAUUAAACUAUUUUUCCCAUGGCAAUAAAGAAUAAUUAAUUUAAACCAA